GUUAUGUGAGAAGGUUUGGUGUCGUUUACUUGCCCCAAGGCAGAGAAAUUGAGCGGUAAUAUUUUGCACGUGAGUGUUUUUCCAGUGCGCUGUACGUAAGGUCGUCAGCUGUGCAUGAGUGGUUGACAGUGUUUCGAGCCGGUGUCAACUAUAACUCGCGCUGUAGAAAGGCUUCUACAACCUCGGCAACAGAUAGUGUUAAAGAACUGUGACUGCAAUGGCCAAACAAGCUGCAACAGCGGUUAUAAAAAGUGCCACCAGACCGCCCAUGCGUCUGCCCCCCCUCCCCACCAUCAGGGACAUCGUCAAGCUGUACAGACUGAACGCCGCCAAACAGCUCUCGCAGAACUUUCUGUUCGACACGAACUUAACAGACAAGAUAGUGAAGUCUGCAGGUAACCUGGAGGGUGCGUAUGUGUGUGAGGUGGGACCAGGACCAGGCGGCAUCACACGCUCCAUACUGAAGGCAGGCGCAGCCAAGGUGGUGGUGGUGGAACUGGACAAGAGGUUUAACGCAGGCUUACGGCUACUGUCAGCUGCAGCUCCAGGCCGGGUGGAGAUAGUAAAUGCCGACAUUCUGACUUACAACCUGGCAAAGGCCUUACCUUUAGACCUUGCAGUACCAUGGGAAGGAGAUCCCCCGAAUGUCCACAUCAUCGGUAACCUCCCCUUCAAUGUGUCCACCCCACUCAUCAUCCGCUGGUUGGAGGCCCUGGCACUCCGGACUGGUCCAUUCGUGUACGGGAGGACACAGCUUACUCUCACUUUUCAGAAGGAAGUUUGUGAGAGAAUAUGUGCGCCACCACGAUCCAGCCAGCGCAGCCGCCUGUCCAUCAUGAGUCAGUAUCUCUGCAGAGUCAAGCACUGCUUCAGGAUCCCGGGGAAAUGUUUCGUGCCAAAGCCGGACGUAGACGUGGGGGUGGUUCACUUCACCCCCCUGGUGAGGCCCAGAAUCCAGGGGGUCCCCUUUAAGACGGUGGAGAAAGUGGUCAAACAUGUCUUCCAUCUGAGGGGAAAGUACUGCAGAAAGGGGGCUGCUGAACUGUUCCCCCCAGAAAGGCAGGACUUGCUGGAGGAGCUGUUUGCUGUGUCGGAGGUGGACCCCACGGUCAGGCCCUGGCAGCUCACCAUGUCUGAAUGGGACAGACUGGCUCACGCCUACUGGGACAUCUGUCAGAGGGAACCCUGGGUUUCUGACUACGACUUCAGGACAAUGAAGGGGGAAAAGUUUGAAGUUCCACCAAUGCCAGCAGUUGGAGAGAGACAUACAUGAUUAAUUAGAAGAGAAGAAGAGACAAUGUUGUUUGUACUGGGACAUCUUUUAGAGGGAACCCUGGGUUUCUGACUACGACUUUAGGACACAGAAGGGGGAAAAGUUUGAAGUUCCACCAAUGCCAGCAGUUGGAGAAAGACAUCAGUCAGAAGAGAAGAGGAGACACUUGUUUGUACUUGGACAUCAGUCAGAAAGAACCUUGGGUUUCUAACAAUGACUACAUGGCACAAAGAUUGAAUUACCAUCACUGCUGUUGGAUAUAGGUGUACAAAGUAAGACUGUGUCAGAUACAUUUUUGUGUUUUUUUUUCCUCAACGGGAUUGUUUUAAGCAAGGCCAUUUGACCACUUAUGGACAAUGAACUAAGGAGAUGGCAGUCAUCAUUGAUUUUGAAGGCUGAAAGAUUGUAUACAGGAGGAGACAUUUGACAUGAAGAGAGUUCCAUAGUUUGGCAGUCUGGAGAAAGAAACUGUUGCUGUAGAAGGACUUGGAGACUGGUAACUCAACAAUUGCGUAUAAAGAUAUGAGUUAGAGGAAAACCUGGUAUUGUAAGUAGGUUUUACUAUACUGGAGAAAAACCCAGCCUGACUAAAAUCACGCUCCUAGCGGCUGGCCCUACAAUUGCUGCCGCCCCAGGAGGGGUCAUUAACCCCAGCCAGCAAGAGAUUGAGUAAACACGUGCUAGAG